GGGGCGGGUAGGGGGCUGAUGUCAGGAGGGAUACAAAUAGCAGCCUCUGCGAGGGGCCCUGUCUCCCCCUCACCACAUCCUCACUCCAGCUGUCCAGCCGGCGUGCCAGCCACCAUGAGCCAGUCCUACUCCUCCAGCCAGCGCGUGUCCUCCUACCGGCGCACCUUUGGGGGUGCCCCAAGCUUCUCUCUGGGCUCCCCCCUGAGCUCGCCCUCCUUCCCGAGGGCGGCCUUCGGCUCCAAGGGUUCUUCCAGCUCGGUGUCCUCCCGCGUGUACCAGGUGUCCCGCAGCUCUGGGGGAGCCGGGGGCUUGGGGUCCUUCCGCAGCAGCCGCCUUGGGGUUCCCCGCGCCACCGCCGCCUCUUCCUACGGGGCGGGCGAGCUGCUGGACUUCAACUUGGCCGACGCCGUGAACCAGGAGUUCCUGACCACCCGCACCAAUGAGAAAGUGGAGCUGCAAGAACUCAAUGACCGCUUCGCCAACUACAUCGAGAAGGUGCGCUUCCUCGAGCAGCAGAACUCCGUGCUGGCCGCCGAGGUGAACAGGCUCAAAGGCCGGGAGCCCACGCGCAUCGCCGAGCUCUACGAGGAGGAGCUCCGCGAGCUGAGGCGCCAGGUGGAGGUGCUCACCAACCAGCGCGCCCGAGUGGACGUGGAGCGCGACAACCUUCUAGACGACUUGCAGAGGCUCAAGGCCAGACUGCAGGAGGAGAUCCAGCUGAAGGAAGAAGCUGAGAAUAAUCUGGCUGCAUUUAGGGCGGAUGUGGAUGCAGCCACGCUGGCCCGAAUUGACCUGGAACGUAGGAUUGAAUCUCUGAAUGAGGAGAUCGCCUUCCUUAAGAAAGUCCACGAGGAGGAGAUCCGUGAACUCCAGGCUCAGCUCCAGGAGCAGCAGGUCCAGGUGGAAAUGGAUGUGUCUAAGCCAGACCUGACAGCCGCACUCAGAGAUAUCCGGGCCCAAUAUGAGACCAUUGCUGCCAAGAAUAUCUCUGAAGCUGAGGAAUGGUACAAGUCCAAGGUAUCUGACCUGACCCAGGCAGCCAACAAGAACAAUGACGCACUAAGACAAGCCAAGCAAGAGAUGAUGGAAUACCGGCACCAGAUCCAGUCUUAUACCUGUGAGAUUGAUGCACUCAAGGGUACUAAUGAUUCACUGAUGAGGCAGAUGCGGGAACUGGAGGAUCGAUUUGCCAGCGAGGCAAAUGGCUACCAGGAUAACAUCGCUCGGCUUGAGGAGGAGAUCCGGCACCUAAAGGAUGAGAUGGCCCGGCACCUACGAGAGUAUCAAGACCUACUCAAUGUCAAGAUGGCGCUGGAUGUGGAAAUUGCUACCUACCGAAAGCUACUGGAGGGCGAGGAGAGCAG